CUUGAUAAAAAUCCAGGAUGGCUCAGGGUGGUAACUUGGACACCCACUCAUUGCUUAAGGGAACCCCAGGAGAUGGGAUGGACAUGUUGGAAAAGUAUGGAUCCAUCAUCAAAGAAAGAAUGGAGUCCCUUAGACAAGAGAUUCUAGAAGCAGCUGAUCAGGACAUGCAGCAGAUAGAACAGUGCAGGCGAACCCUUCUUCUACAGGUUCAGAGGAUGAUUGAGGAAUUCGACUACAAGCUUAGAGAGGUCGGGAUGGGAUAUGCCUCCAAGAGAGAUGACCAAUCGCGCGAGAACAAUGUCGGCUGCUUCUCCGUCAUCGGACGCUAUGCAUCGGUUGAUAUGGAUGAUCCGGUUGCCUACAUCGAGGAACAUAUCACAGCAGUGUUAGAUCUCUUAAACGAUAUCCAAUUCAAUCGCGAGAACGCGAACUCGAAAUUGUCUAUAGGACAUAUAGUACAGCCUAAGAUACUUCGACUUAUAGCAUCUAUCAAGUUACCAGAAUGCCCUGGCCACGCGAAGCGAAGUCUGACCUCACUACCUGAUGGCAGUGUGGUCAUUGGACAUGAAUCCGGAGGCGCUGAUAUCUUUCGACGCGAUUUUGGAAUUAAACGGUUGGUCAAUGACGUGACUGUGCGAGACAUGACAGUCCGUCCUGAUGGGACUCUGGUUUUGCUAAGCUUUGACCGUCAAAUCCAUGUCUACAGCAGGAAAGGGGAAGCCUUACAGAUACACAGUCCGCAGGAGACUUGCUUCAUGUUCUCUGUGACCGCGGACAAGGACGACAUGCUCUUUGUAGGCGAUUGCGAGCUGGAGAAGAUAUUUCUGUUUGAUCUCAAGGGUGAUGCUAAAAAAGCAUUUCGAACCAUCCCAACCGGUGCUACCACCCCUUGGCAGCUCUUCGUUCUAUCAACAGGCAAUCUUUUGGUUGCUGAUCCUUGUCCUCCUUACGGACCUGCUAUUAAACUCGUGCACCAAAACGGAUCCAUCCUCUCUGCAAUACACCAGGAAGACUGGUCGAGUGCAUGGUGUGCAGUCGACCAGAAUGACAAUAUCUACGUCGUAUUUUCCAGGAAGGGGGUAGAGAAGUGCGUCUCAAUAGAUGUGUACUCGUCAGAAGGGAAGUUCUUUGAAAGUUUGACAAGAAAUCUGAAGAUUCCCAAGUUCCAGUGGCUUUCUGUAGCUGUCCCAUGUCCUGGAUCGAUCGCUAUCUGCACAGAGACAUACCUGUUUGUUUAUACAUGGCAGUCGCAAUUUCGUUGACUCUGCUAUUUCUAAUUUCCCUGUUCCUUUAUAUUGCACUCUCGUUCAGACCACUGAACUUCAAAUAAGACAAUAAUUAGUCUAAUGAUAAAUGCUAAAGUCAGUGUCCUAUGAAGUGGACAGAAUGAGCUUGAAAACGCUAAUACAGCACCAAAGCACUUAAAACUAAACAGUCAGUUGUUUACCAAUUCUGUUUGAUCAGAUUAAGGAUCUUGCCAGUCACGUCUUUUCUUGUCUUGUCAACAACAUUAUUUUAAUGAUCGGUUGUUCUAACGAAUGAUGAUAAAUGAGAUAUCGUUUUCUCUGUUGGUGAUGAAUCUUUACUGGGGUUGAGUUUACCCAAAGGUAAAAACUUGUCAAGUAAAUAGUGAUGUUAUUAUAUUCCAUGCAAUUAUGGUCUUAAGCACUGUCAACACUUCAUAGUUUGUGUACGUUUACUUUUGUAAGACACGCUGGUUUGUAAAAGUCAUGAUAGUGAAUACCCAAAGAGGCAUUAGAUGUUGCUAUACAUGCGAGGGAACAGCACUUACAAAAGUGCAUGAUAGCUUUUGAUGCUGGGGGUGCGGGUUGAUUGAUAUGUUUAGUGACGUGAUGUCUACUCGAUGUUGAAGCUCCAUUCAUCUGCUCCGUGCUGUGAAUUUCUUCAAUAGAGUACUGGGACGAAAAUCUAACUCUCUUCCCCAUCCUAGCCCUCGUUCCCCCUCCCUCUCUCUUAAUCAGCUCUCUCUUCCUCACUCUCCUUUCCCCCGUUCCUUGCUUUUAGCGGUUAAUGAUAUUUUUAUCUAAACAUGAUGGGUUACCUAUUUAAUUGAGGGUUAAACAAGUUUACACAGCGGAUCCCUGAAAUCAAAUACCAUACUGUAACCGUGGAUGCCUGGACGUGUUAAGGAUAUUUCGUUAUUUCAUGUAAACCUUGAAAGGAAUGAUACUUAAUUUUCAUAAAAAGAAAAUUUGUGAGUCAACAGCAAGUAUUGUGUUUAGAAUAAUCCAGAAACUAUUCUUUAAAUAUACCAUUCAAUGCGGUUGAUGAUGAAAGGAUGCAUCUCACUACGAACAGUCUUAUAAACCUCCAGCCCCUCCCCAUGCACAUUCCCUCUAGUCUGCAGGCACAGACCCUGAAUGAAACUUUGAUCAACGAGUGUGUCUCAACGUAAAGACUAGCACAUACAAAACUUGCCUGAGCGAGUGGGCCUUCAGUACACAAGGCAUGGGUAGGCUGCAACUCAGACCCUUAACUCGAGCAUGGUGAAGGGUUCGCACAGCAGACUACAUUCCCUUCGAAACAUCACCUCUUUAUCCUUCGCGCGCACUGAACUGAGGAAUACUUCAUAGUACAUUCACCUGGUGCAGUGGGACGUAGGCAUCCCGCGUGAGAGAAGCCUGAAACCACCACAUGUGAAUAAUUUAAAAUCUCACAACCAUGUUCAAAGAAUACUUCCACGUAUCACCAAUAUCCAUAAAGAUAAUAGAGUUUUGGUUAUUAUGAUUAUACUGUGUUACAGAGUUAAGUUUAAAGAAACAUAAUAAAGAAUCUUAAAGGGUUGAAUGAUAUGAAAAAUGUAUAUUCAGGGGAAAGAUGGUAUAAAGGUGUCCGGUAGAGUAAAAUACGCCAUUUCUACUCGCAUAAACUAAGGAUAAACAUUGUGAACAACUGGCGUUAUUGUGGUGUAAAGAAUGUAUUAUCUAGUCCAAAAAAGUUGAAAUUCUAUCGUUAAACCCUUGAAUGUUAUUAUAAUAUUAUUUUUUUAUUAUUGAAAACUUCAUUUUCAUACGUAGAUAGGCAUAAUUGUAUUACUUAUUAUGUACACUGUUAAUCGUUUUUAUCGUGUUUAUACAAUUUUGAAUUUUUCUUUCUUUUGAGCACGCGGAUGAUUGGAGCACGUCUUAGAUAAAGAAAAAAAAAUGAAUGUCAAAUAUUCUGUUUAGAUUCAUUUCUAUAUCAUGUUUCUGUUAUACAGCUUUACCCUACUUACCGCUUACUGGAUCGGUAUAGCAUAAUAAUCACGAAUCUAAUUGGUUUAUACUAUGAAUUCGAUAAAAAUUGUUUCUUAUUUAUUGUUUGUGAAUAAAUCAAAGAGAGAAAAAAAUGAUUAGAUUUGUACAUAUUUCUAUGUCUUCCUGAAACCAAGAUUAAUCCACUGAAAUUUAGUUUGGUUUGGUUUGGCUUUAUUCUCGAAUAAGCAAAAUACAUUGCAUGAUCAAGUGAUUACUUGUAACAAUAUCUAAACAAAGCCAUGAAAAGAAUACAAAAUAUAGAGCUCGAACACAUAUCGUCAGGAUAACCCGUUUUAGAUUGGCUAUAUCCAAUCUGUUCUUUCCCGGGGCCCCUUGGAAAUAAUCAACAGAUACUGAAGACACCUGAGAUCAUAUGCUGAUCUGGAUUAUAAUCCGCAUGUUAGCUUACGCAGUCAUUUUGAAAGGGGGGUGUUCAAGCUGAAUGAAAUGUUGACAACCCCCCUCCCCCCAAAAAAAGUUCUUCAUCAUCAAUUUUACGUCGUUUUGUACCUCAAACAAAAUUUG